GCCAAGCCAACAGAUCUAUUAUCCCUCGUUUGAAAAACAUGUAAAUGAUAGGUUGGUGUUGCGUCCCCCGGGGUAUACGGUACUAAGGGUGCGAAUCCAGUAGGCCUCAGGUCAUGAGUAUGACAGUAACAUUUCCAUCUCUCUCUCAUAUGUGGUGAACAUUUCACACACCCACAUAAGGGAACCGUUAUCACAUUCAUGAAUAUCUGAACUGUUAUACGGAGUAUUCUGUGUACAACGUUCUCAUGUUCACUCUCAUAUGUGGGGAAAACAACAGGCCCUUUGAAGAGUCUCUUUCAAAAACACGGGAGAGCGACCUACGGGAAUGACUCUCCCUGUGGCCCUACUUAUGUUCGGGUUCCUGAUUGUGGCUCAGUGCUGUACUCCUGAGCCCGGAGCGGUUAACGUGGCCCGAAAUGGAACAGCCAGCCAGAGUUCUGACCAGCAGUUCAGAGUGAUGGGCUAUGCAAGCAAAGCCAUAGACGGGAACACAGAAGGGGAUUUUCAUAAAGGUUUCUGCACUCACACCAAAGAUGAGUACGAGCCCUGGUGGGAUCUGGACCUGAAAAAGACAUACAACAUAUCCAGUAUCGUCAUCACAAACCGUCGGGACUGCUGCGCGCAACGCCUGCUGGGGGCCGAGGUCCGCAUUGGUGAUUCACCUGACCGCAAAAAUCCUGUGUGCAGUAAUGUGACAGAUGUCUCCAAACCUCGGAUCUCUCUGUGCUGCAGCGGGAUGUUGGGUCGAUACGUCAGUGUGGAGAUGACUGAACGCUUGGAAGUCCUGACACUGUGUGAAGUGGAGGUUUACGGAAAAGAGAAGGUGGCCAUGUAUGCUGGUAACACCGCAUGGACGGUUAUCUCCGGCAAUGUUUGGAGAACAUCAAAUUUGGUUAUUUUCCUACUUCUGUACUACUUUAUAACGAACCUUCCCUGAGAGAAAUACAGGGUCUGCUCUUGGUGUUCUCUUUUGGAAAAUGUUCUAAAUUUUUCGAGUCAUUCAGUUCACUUCCUUUAGCUAGAAUUAAUAGUUGAAAGGGUUAAAUAAAGACUCU